AUGCUUUUCAGUCUCAAGCCCACCCUUUUUCUAGCCCUGGCUCUCACUGCAGUCGCUAGCCCCAUCGCCAACCCAACGGCUGAUGAGCCUAGUACUCUUGUUGCCCGCGGCCGCGCGAAGAUCAAAGAUGUCAACUGCGAUGGAAAGAUCUUAACCAAAACGGACAUCAACAACGCCAUCAGACAGUCCAAAAGUGGCGGUGGUGGGAUAUAUCCAGUUCCCUUCAAGAACUACGAUGGCUUCUUUGGUGCCUCCAAUAUGAAAGAGUAUCCGUUGAUCCCGGGUGGUACAUAUACGGGAAAUGGCCAACCGGGAAAGUACCGGGUUAUCAUGAAUGGGAGUAACCAGUAUGUGGGGUCGGUGUAUCAUCCUACGCUUGCGGGCAAUACUUUCAAGAAGUGCAGUAAUAUUGCGGACAGUCCUACCACCACGACUACUACAACGACUACUAUCAGGGCCACUACCACUGCUACUGUGGAGGCUACUGCAAAUUAUAGUGGCAACUCCUCUGGCAACUCUGGCAGCAAGUCUAGCAAGAAGACUAGCAAGAAGCCCAGUACCAAGACCGGAUCCCACUAG